CCCGGGGGCGACGCUGCUCCACCGCUAUAAGAACCAGCCCGGCCCGGUGCAGAGGAACCAGAGCAGCGAGCCACAAACCAGUGAAAGCAAAAGAAAAGAAUCAAACACUGAAACUCACUCAUCCAACAUGGUGAAGAUCACCUUCCAGACAGUGGCGGCGCAGAAGCCCGACAAAGAGACGGACGGAGACAAGAUCAUUGUGCCUCUGGCUCACGAGCAGCUGGUUCUUCCUGUCAGGUCCAAGAAGGCGUUUCCGACUGGCCUAUGCUGCCUCACCUUGGGCCUGGUGGUUUUCAUGUCAGGACUGGUGCUGGCCUCCGUCUAUCGCUACUACUUCAUACCUCAGCAGAUCCCAGAGGACAGCUUGUUCCACUGUCGGGUGGUCUACGAGGAUUCGGUGUACGCUCCUCAGAGGGGCCGGCAAGAGCUGGAGGAGAACGUCGGCAUCUACCUUGACGACAACUAUGAACAGAUCAGCGUACCCGUGCCACACUUUGGAGGCAGCGACCCUGCCGAUAUCAUCCAUGAUUUUCAGAGGGGCCUCACAGCUUACCACGACAUUGCUUUGGACAAAUGCUACAUCACCGAGCUGAACACGACCUUGGUGAUGCCUCCACGUAACCUGUGGGAGCUGCUUGUCAACAUGAAGAGGGGGACGUACCUUCCGCAGACUUACAUCAUCCAGGAGGAGAUGGUGGUGACGGGGAGGGUGAGGAGCAUGAGGCAGCUCGGCCCCUUCAUCCACAGACUCUGCUACGGCAAAGAAACCUACCGCCUCAAGCGCCGCAGUCAGCACCGACGUAUCGAGAGGCGCGAGGCAAAGAAUUGCCACAGCAUCCGUCACUUCGAGAACACGUUUGUGGUCGAGACAGUCAUCUGCAGCAGAUUCUGAAUCUGAGGCAGAAAUCAGAGCCGUCCAACACUGAAGGCAAUUUCAAAUUAUACCUCUUGAAUUAGGUAGUCUUUUAACUGCACUUUAAAAGCGAGUGUUUGUCCAGCAGUUUCAGUUUUAAUUCCAAUGUUUGUUCUAUUGUCUGAACAUGGAAUACGCUAACUGUUCAUGUUCAAUGUUUAAGUCUUUUUUUUUUAUUCAGUCAGUUUAGUCUGUAUAUUUGACGAUAUAAAUGUGUUUGGAUAUAUCUGUAGCUCGUCAUGUUGUGCAAAACAAGUUAAUGUGUUGUCACAUUGAUUUAAAUUUUCAUUUUCGAUUCGUCCAUUAUGAGUAACCCAGUGCACUGUGGGUAAUGGUAACGAUGCUGUUUGCCCUGUGCACUCCUGUGAAUAUCUGUUUCCUGUUGUCGUUUUAUUUUGUUUGAAUGUCAGAAAAAUGACACAACAUACCUCAUGUAGUUAAUACGUUUCUUUGCUGGUCUUUGUCAUUAAUGAAUGGUGUAUAUAAUUUUGAUUGUUCCUAAGCAAUAUCUACUGUAAAUUAACUUUUCUUCUGGAUUUCAUAUUGUUGCAUAUGCAUAGAUUUUUAUCUGAGAUUGUUUUGUGAAGGUUCAUUUCUUUAUGGUUUUGUCUCUGUAUUUCCUUUGGUGUCACACCGUCCUACUCCUGGGAUACAAGCUUUAGACUGUAAUUAGUAGCAGUGCUUUAGAGGGACAAAAGGAACCAAAGUCUGCAGUCAGCGAUCCUAUGCUUCGUGUUCUAUACAGGACAUUUAGAGAGAAUGCUUUAUAGUCUAGAUCACUUACUGUAGAUGAUAUCAAAGGCUAAAACUCUCUUCCUCCUCUUCACUUGGAUUUGUACAUUGUUUUCAGCUCUUGCCAGCUCAGAAUCCUUCUUACUUUGCCAUUAUUAUCAACACAAUUAAGAUUUGUCCCAAGUUAAAAAAAAUAAAAGAUUUGGGGUGUCUUUCUAAUGUGCAUCAUGGAGCAAAUCAGUCUCCGUUGAGACCUAUGAUAACGUGCUCACGUGUCAUCGACUUGGAUUUCCCUGUACAGUUUUUUUUCUUGUAAUAUCUUCCUGCUUUAAGAAUAAAUAAUCAAACUUGA